UGGAUUCCCUUCAGACCCAAAAGAAUCUAACAAAAUUACGGGCCUGCUGUAGCUGGAGAAAUCCCGUCAUCUGUGACAUCAAGAUCAGGGUCAAGCUCGGUCAGCUGUCGCGGUAAACAAACCCUGUGUGCCCCCCUUGUGCCCCCCGUGACCCCCUGAGCCAGCCGCGCCCCGGGGUAUCCCAGGGCAGUAUUCACCCUCCAUCACGCCCCUGUUGACCGGGGAACUUUUAACCCUUCCCACGCUGGUACUGGCGAGGCCCUGGCCAGCCUGACCCCACACGGCUGACACCAAGCACCCACGGACUUUAUUUUUGUUAUUUAUUUCUUUAAACUUAAUGUAUUGGUAAGAGGAGCCAGCACUGGACCCCGGACCCUGCCUGUGUGUGUGUGUGUGGAAGAGCCGCGGCCCAAGAAGCGAUAGAGAAACGUUAGUGAAGUUCCAGGCAGCACGGACAGCAUUUUAUUAUUAUUAUCAUUAUUUAAACCUGAUAUAUUGGUAAGAGGACCCUAGUACUGGACCCUGGACCCUGUGUGCGUGUGAGCUGCGCCCCAAGAAGCCGUACAGAGGAGUGUCCCGGACCAAUGGGACUCCUGGGAUGGGUCGUACUAUGCUGCAGAGUGACCAGCAGCCAUCAUCCCCAGUGUCAGCUCCCUCCUGGCGGCAGGGAGUAGCCAAGGGGAGUGAGGCGGCUGCCCCCCGCAGCAGGCCAUGAUGGACGCCAACACGCGGCUGUCCUGCACGGAGCACAGCGCCAUGCUGGCCAGCAGCCUCUACCACCUCUACACACAGGCCGCCUUGCUGGACGUGCGUCUGGUGUGCGACGACGUGCACAUAUACGCACACAAGGCUGUCCUGGCGGCCGGCAGCAAGUUCUUUCAGGAGCGCCUGCAGUCCCUCGGCCCCGGCAUGGCGGAGCUGCAGAUGUCCAGCACCAACCUGGGGCUGCUCAUAUCACCUGGUGAGCUGCGCGCCCUGGUUGAGUACCUGUACUGCGGGGAGCUGUUGGUGCCGCGGCACCGGCUGUCCAGCGUGGUGGCGCUGUGCCGCUCGCUGCAAGUGUUUGGCUUCCCUGGCGACGCCCCGAGCUAUCUGGCCGCCCCGGAGCCCCAGUACCUCACAGAGAUGAACUACGUGCCCCUGGAGCCCCCCAGCGUGAUGGAGGUGCCCCCUGCCCAGUGCGCCCGCCCAGAGGAGCCGUGCGGGGAGCUGGUGGGCGGCGGGGGGGCAGGGGGCCAGAGUGUGUCCCUGCCGCUGGUUAGCUUCAAGCCGCAUGACCCCACACUGCUGCAGGACCCGCCCAAGUAUUCUGAGCCCCUCAAGGUAGACACCAACGCCGCCAUGCUGGGCCACACUGCAAACAUCUCCUUCAGCGAACUCUGCACCGCGCCGGGCAUGGACGGCGACGCACUCACCACCCCGUGCGGACAGGUUAAGCACAGUGCCGCCCCGUCAGUCUUCGAGAGCUCGGUCCUGGAGGAGAUGCCCGCCCUGAAGGGGAAGUACCCGCCACAGGAGGUCUGGGAGGGGUACAGCAAGCCAGAUCGCGACAUCGUGUAUCUCCGAACCGAACCCGACGGCGUCCCCUGCGAUGAUGCCAGGCCCAGCGCCGCCUCCAGGGAGCACCACCACCACCAUCACCACCACCACCACCACCACGGACAGCCGCCACAGCCGCCGCCGCCGCCCCCACCGCCACUGCAGCCACCGCCCCCGUUUCCUGCCGCCACCCGCCCCCCCCUCACUGAGCUCCAGCAGGUCAACCCGUGCCUGGUGGAGGGUGACGCGGAUGACCCCUGCAGCACGGUCAUGUUCCUGGAGACGCUCUGGGCCGAUGCGUCCAGUCCCUCGGGGGUGGACUUGGACAACAUUCUUCGCACGGACGAGAUGAAGGUCCUUGGCGAGCGCUGGCUACGUGCGCGGCGGCCCUCCCGUGUGCGGCUCAAGGUCAAGGACAGCAUCGGUGGCGUUUCCCUGCAGGACACCUCACAGCGACAGUCCGCCACCGCCGCUGCAGCCGCCGCCGCCGCUGCUGCUGCUGCUCCUACGACCUCUGCGCUGCCGGCCGUGAGCCCCGAGGAGGAGACCAACACCCGGGAAAACAAGGAAGGCUGGAUGGUGGUUCUCCCCGACACCCGACCUUCCGUUCUCCCACACCUAGCAGACCCCACAGCCCUCCUGCAGCCCCCGCCCCCACAGCCCCCACCCCCGGACACCCUCACGCAGCUCCCAGUCGACACCCCUUUCCAUAUCCAGUCCCCAGUUUCCCAGUCGCUCUUCAGUCAGGGGCCGCAAGCUAACCCGGUCCCACUCAUCACCUCCCCUAUUCCCUUGGGCGCGUCGCUGCUCGGACAGACGACAUGCCCUAGUAACAUGCCCGUGGGUAGCUCGACUUCGCUUUUCGGGCAGUCGCCGUUACCGAACCCCAACGCACCGCUCCUAACGCAGUCGAAUAUAUCCAUCGCACCGUAUCUCCAGCCGUCGGUGCUCUCUACGGCUGUCAUGAAUCCGGAACUGACGCAUUUGCAGCACCCGUUGUCAGCCGUUCCCCUCCAGGCGGUGUCGGUGCAGCCCUUAGAGCCGGAGGGACCUUUACAUUACCCUUCCGCGUCCUUCCCUCAGUCGACGAGUUCGGUUUUCACGCAGUCGUCUCUCUCGCUCUCCCUUCCGCACCACCUCAUCCACCACCAUCCUGCACCUCCUUCCACCUCCAGCGCGUCACCACCACUUCAGUUGGCGUCGCAUGUAACACCGCACACCACCACAGUCGCAGCCUCCCCCCCCGUCGCACAGCUCCCAGUGUCGCAGCUCUCCCUGACCAUUCCACAUCAGGGUACAGUUUCGCAUAGUCUCCCCUCGUCUUCCGUAUCCUCCCCGUCGAUGUCAGAAGAUAUCCUCUCGCAGAUGUCCCCGGAGUCACCCCAGCCUGACGUCCUGCCCCAGCAUCCCUCACACCCUCUAGAACAUCACCCCACCUCCCCACCACUCCCCGCGUACCCCAGUCAGCCUGAAUCACCACUCCCCAUCCCCUCCCCAGUCUCAUCAUGGCCUAGCUCCCCUCCUUCCCAUGUCCCCACCACCACCACCUCCGCUGCAUUACCAAACUCCCCAAUCCCAAUAUCUCUCACCCCAUCACCACCACAUACCCCCGAGUCAACCACAAUCACUACCACCACUGCCGCCGCCACCAGUCCGCCGCCCAGCCCAGGGUCGCCCGAGGGAGGGGUCACUGCGAGGUCAGAGGUCACGACGCACAGCUGCUCCCAGUGCCCCAGGAGCUUCCGCACGCUGGACAAGGUCACCCUGCACCUCUGGGAAGAACACGAGAUCGGGACCCUGGCCAAGUGCCAGCUUUGCCCCUUCAGCAGCCCCCUCCAGAGUGCCUUGGUGCAGCACGCGGCCUCGCACGUCACCCAGGAGUGCCGCGUCUGUGCCGUCUGUGCCAAGAGCUUCAAGACCCGCGCCACUGUCCGAACGCACCUCAAGAACCACUGUGGCGAGGAGGCCAUGCAUAAGUGUGGUUGGUGUUCCGUGAUGUACACCCAGAAAUUCAACCUCAUCAAGCAUCUGGCAUCCAAGCACCAGCGCGACCCUGAUGGCCAGCCCCUCACCCAGGCCCUCAGCUGCCCCCAGUGCGCCUUCACCACCCUGGCAGACUACAAGCUCAAGUCGCACAUGAUCCGGCGGCACACCCUCAACAAGCGGUAUAAGUGUGACCGGUGCCCCUACGCCACCACGGAGCGCACGGCCCUCACCAAACACACACGCACGCACACCAACGAGCGCCCCUACGUGUGCGAGACCUGCGGCUUCCACGCGCCCACCCUAAGCAGUCUGUGGCGCCACCGUCGGAGCCACACAGGGGAGAAGCCGUUCCAGUGUGGCGAGUGUGGGCAGCAGUACGCGGACUCCAAGCGCCUCCGUGAUCACAUGUACAAACACAACAACGUCAAGCCCUUCAUGUGUCACCUGUGCGGCUACACCUGUCGACGCCGGGACAACCUGCAGACGCACAUCAAGAAAAUCCACAAACUCCAGGACCUCAACGGAUCAUCGCUCCAGCACACAGGCAGGAACAGAAAGGGCGGUAAGGAGGAUCAGGAGUCACAGCCCCCCUCUGGCACCCCCAAGGCUCCCCCGGCCCUCACCAGCCCCCCAGAGAGUGAAAAGGAUGUGCAGGAACUUCCCCCAAAGCCAAGGGUAUGGUGUGUGCCUGAUGGAGGUGGUGGUGGUGGUGGCACUGUGGACGAGGGCGGCAGUGGGUGUGGCAGCAGUAACAGUGGCAGCAGUAGUAGUAGUAGUAGUAGUAGCAGUAGGCAGGAGGAGGAGGAAGAAGCUGUUUGAUCCUUGACUCACAGCCUGGCACUCCCUUCCUCCUCCUCCUCCUCCUCAGACAAAUGUUAGUAGUUCUUUCAGGGUAUAACAUCGAGGUGCUUCUCCAUUACUCUCAAUUUCAUCACUUUCCGUCCCUUCCCUUCCUCCUCCCUCACCUCCUUUUCUUCCCUCUUAAUUCUCCGUCACACAUUUGUUCUUUCUAGGAAGAGGAAUGGGGGAUGUGAGGCAUUUGGGAGAGCUGUCAGGAGGAGGAGGAGGAGGAAGGAAGGGGAUCUGAGGAACUGGGGAAAGCUGUCAGGAGGAGGAGGAGGAGGAGGGAGAGGUAUUGCGGAGAGCUGUCGGGGUGGAAGUGUGCAUGUGUGUGUGUGUGUGUGUGUGUGUGUGUGUGUGUGUGUGUGUGUGUGUGUGUGUUUACCAUUUAGUAGUAUACAGGGCCUGAGCAUGUGUGUGUGUGUGUGUGUGUGUGUGUAUAUGUGUGUGUGUGUGUGUGUGCGCGUGCUUCAACUCUCUCUCUCUCUCUCUCUCUCUCUCUCUCUCUCUCUCUCUCCCCCCCCGCCGGGCAGAACAGGACAGGGUUGUGAGGGCAGGGGCUUGGGUAGGCCUAAGGCUCGCCGGGCACACACUGGCACCAAAGAGCAUGGACGUGUUCUGAUAUUUAUUUAGAUAAAGACUUUUGAUAUACCCUGACUGUCAAGUAUCCCCCAUAUCAUGUUGCUUGUAUUUGUUGAUUGAUUUUUAUUUUUUCAUUGAUUUUUAUUUUAUUUUUGCUAAGCAUUUUUUUGUUUUGUUUUUUUACUGAGCAGGUUUUUUUUUCACCAAUGAGAUUUAUUUUUAUUUUUUACUGAUAAGAGCAGAGUUUUUUUUACUGAGCAUUUUUUUUCUGUAUUUUACUAACAAGAGAUUUAUUUUCUAUUUUUUUACUAAUAAGAGUAGAUUUUUUUUUCACUGACAAGAUAUUUUUUUUACAAAGAUUUUUAUACAGAGCAGAUUUUUUAUUUAUUUGUUUUUCUAACUAAGAUUUUUUUCCAAGCAGAUUUUUUUAUUUAUUUUUAUUUUUUUUCCGCUAACAAGAGCUGAGAGUUGUAUUUUCCGCAGGUGUUAUUUACACACGCCAUAUUUGAGGCAUCCAUUGGAGAAGGUGUGUAAGGGACUGAGCCAUUCUUCUCUAGUGUGUACUGGGAAAGUCAGGUUACACAUCCCAGGAAGAACAAGGAACCAGGUGCAGGGCAAAAGCAACCCUCGGUACACCACACACAAGGUCACUUUUCCCUUGACAGUCAUUUUGCUCUAGUCUGCACUGGGAAAGUCAGGCUACACAUCCCAGGAAGAACAAGGUGCCAGGUGCAGGGCAAAAGCAACCCUGGGUACACCACACACAAGGUCACUUUUCCCUUGCACCUUAAAUUGUUCCUUGUUCUUCCAGGGACGUGAAUAACGAAGAGAAAGAGAGAAGAAAGGAAAAGG